AAUGUUAAACAAAAUAACACUGUUUCAUUAAUUGAUUGUGAAUCACGUAUCUCGUUUCACAUCCCGCAGUCUAAAAAACGGUUUGUUUAUAGCCACAUUAUCUUCGAGUGCGUUAUAUAGGGCGUAGGCGUACCAUCGGGCUGGAUCCACCUUAAAUAAUAUGGCUGCCGAGAUAAAACCAGCUCAGCGGACCAACAAUGAUCGCUUUAACACCUCCAAAAAGCCGGAAUUGCUGAGUAAGCUGGAGGGCAGCAGCGACGAUGUGAACGCAGCAAUCCUAAUUCCUGGCGAAAACGGCGUAAUUAGCGUCUCCGAUGACAAAACCGUUCGUGUUUGGCUGAAACGCGAUUCUGGCCAAUAUUGGCCGAGUAUUUGCCAGUAUAUGCCUUCCGGCUGCACGGCCAUCGAGUACGUACCGGAAUCCCGGCACCUGUACGUCGGCCAGGAGAACGGAACGGUCACCCAGUACGCGCUAUCCGAAGACUGCAAUCGCCUGUCCUUCCUGCGGGAUUACUUGUCCCAUCAAGCCCGCGUUGUGGCCGUGGUCUUUUCGAAAACCCACAAGUGGGUACUCUCUGCCGGCAAAGAUAAGCAGUUCGCCUAUCAUUGCACGGAGAGCGGCAAACGGGUGGGCGGAUACAACUUUGAGACACCAUGCACGGCUCUACAGUUUGACGCUUUAGCCAAGUAUGCCUUCGUGGGCGAUCAUGCUGGACAAAUAACAAUGCUAAGGUGUGAUGUUCAAGGAGUGCAAUUAAUCACCACUUUCAAAGGGCAUACAGCGGAAAUCCGGUGUCUCAGAUGGGUGGAAGGCCCCCAGCUGUUAUUCAGUGGAGCGUGCGAUCAGUCCGUGAUAGUUUGGGACGUGGGUGGCAAACGUGGCACUAUUUACGAGCUACAGGGACAUAGCAACAAAGUUUCCGCCCUGUCGUACGCAAAUCACACCCAACAACUGAUAAGCUGUGGCGAAGAUUCUGUGGUGGUGUUUUGGGAGAUGAAUGCAAUGCGGAAAGAAGUUCCUGGCUGGGUGGAGUCCAACAACUGCCAGCUUUGCUCAAGGCCCUUCUUUUGGAACUUCCGCUCAAUGAUGGAUCAAAAGCAGCUAGGAAUUCGGCAGCAUCAUUGUCGCCACUGCGGCAAGGCAGUGUGCGACAACUGUUCAACCAAUCGCAUUAACAUACCCAUAAUGGGCUUCGAGUUUGAUGUUCGUACCUGUGAUCCGUGCUACAAACAACUUCAGACCGUCGAGCGCCCCUCGCUGGCCUCAUUCAAUGAUGCCAAGCACUCGAUCGUCUACAUGGACCUUGACGAGGACAGGAAGCGUCUGUUGACAGUGGGCCAAGACAGGCUCAUCAAGAUCUGGGAUCUCUCCAACAUCUGGGCAUAAAACAUCCUGUACGCACACGCACGUACCAAAGGUAUAAUCAUUCACGAGGCGUUUCGGUCUUAACUGGAUCGCCCAAUUAACGAACGAUGUGGCUGGCAAAGACGAAAUCCAAUCCCUGCUAGGUUCUCAUAUAUUUGAUGUAAAGCAAUAAUUAUUGUAUGUACGUAUGCUUACAUUGAACACAUAAAUACACGAAUCCAUCGAUAAA